AUGAUGAUCAAUCCUGUUCACGGUUGCAGUGUCACAUACUUCAUCAACAAUCAGCCGCAGUACUUCAUGAACUACUCAGUUGUACUACAAAUAAUGCCUGCUGCUUCCAAUUCGACGAUGUCGUAUUCUAUUGGUUACAAUCACCAUGACAUUUUUGCCUUCAUCAUUCCAACACUCCUGACGUUGGUCCAGAUGAGAUUUCCAGCCUUAGAUCUGUUUCAAACACACCCUACGGCCAUCACAGUUUUGCUCUCUAGUUUACUUGCAUAUUGCUUCGCCUUUAGUUUUGGUGUUCAUGCAUAUGAAUGGAGCCGCAUGGCCAUGCUUGUGUUUGGUUCACUCUCAGUUGCUUCACUCUUGUGGCUUCUAUUUUUUCCACACUACUACUCCUACCUAAUUUUGUGCGUCUUGUUGUUGCCCGUGGCAGUGCUGGGCUUCGAUCGCGUGGUUCGGAAACUGUGGCUAAGCAUCCACCAAGAGUUACGAGCAGCACAAAAUCUCAUUAGCCGGAGGGCAUGCCCACUUUUGCCAAUGACCUCAAUGAAUGUAUCACAGAGGCAAACUCUUUAG